AUGAAGGCACAGAACGAAGCAUGGGGUCUGGGAUACAUUGAUCUAUUCCUGGUGCAUUUUCCGGUGGCAUUGGAGUACGUCGACCCGGAGGUGAACCGCUACCCUGGUUGGUGGAUGGAGGACGGGAAGACGGUCAAACCCGCCAAGGUCUCUAUACGCGAAACCUGGGAAGAAUUGGAGGCCGCCGUGGAUCAAGGCAUCGCGAGAUCCAUUGGAGUGUCAAACUUCCAGGCUCAGCUUCUCUACGAGGUCCAGACCUACGCAAAGCACCCCAUCUCUUCGCUCCAGAUCGAACACCACCCAUACCUUGUCCAGACUGAACUCAUCAAGAUGGCUCAAACACACAACAUCGUCGUCACCGCAUACUCAUCAUUUGGUCCUCAAAGUUUCCUUGAGCUGCCGCCGGCUUUCAGGCAGAGGACGAGCGAUGUCGGUUUGCUGUUCGAUGCCGAGCCGGUAAAGAACAUUUCUAGGAAGUACAACAGGACUCCUGCGCAGGUGCUCCUCCGAUGGUCGACGCAGAGGAACAUCGCCGUCAUUCCCAAAUCCAACAAUCAGAACCGCUUGGCCCAGAAUCUCGAUGUUACCAGCUUCGAUCUUUCGCAGGAUGAGCUCGACUCGAUCUCUGCGCUUGACAAGGGCCUGCGCUUCAACGAUCCUGGUCACUACCUUCCCAACCACCCUCUUCACAUCUUUGCGUAA